AUGGCUGCUACUUCAAGCUCUGUUGUCACCGUCCAUCCAGAUGGAGAUCUGGUACUCCUUCUAGAGUUGAUGCCAAUUCAUGAACCGCACAAAUCUAGUUUAAAGCCUCAGAUCAACGUUCCCAACGCAAAAGUUUUCAGUCCAGAGGCAGCCAGCAGCCCUGGCGAAACACAAAAUGGGUGUACUAAGCGUAUCCACGCUAUGUUGACUGGGGAUUCCAAGGAGGCUGUUGAACUCAGAGAAAAAGGUAGAACCGAGAUACCACUUCCAGAUGAUGAUGCGUGUGUUAUGAUUACAAUCGCAAUCUUAGUCGACAAAUAUCAAUGCCAUGAGUCGACGGAGUUUGUAGUGAAGGUUUGGACCGUCAAAUAUCGUGUAUCUCCAUGGAGUCGGAGCUGGUACUUUGCUGCUUACUGGAUAUUUGUGGCAUGGAUGUUUGGACUAGAUGAUGAGUUCAAGGAAGCGACAGAGAAGAUCAUCAGACAAAGUGAUAUGGGCCUUGGAGCAAUACUGAGAGACUAUAAUCUGGCUUUGCCUAUCACGGAAAGAGUUAUCAAUAAGAUAGAUGAAAGGCGUAAGAAUGCCGUGAGCCAACUCAUCGACGUUCUCAAGGAUACAAUAUCUAGGUACCAGGGCCAAACUUUGAUAUGUCCCAACCACAGUUUGCCUGUCUUGGACAUAAUAUCUCACAGAGAAACCUGCGAUGCAACGGUUCUUGGAAGUCUCAUAAAAAGUGUCACAAAGAAGAAGCUGUUUCCGUUGCCAGAAGCUCCAUUCAAAGAUCCGCUACGGUAUCAUGUAGUCAAGAGUAGCAUCGCAUCACUCGAACCCCAGACUGCCUGUAAUGUACUCGUACAAGACGAAUCACUACACCACAAUGUCAUGGGAAUAAUUGGCCAAUCGAUCGAGUCGAUAGAUGACAAUAUAUCUGGGUUAAGUCUGGCAGACUGCAAGUAG